AGAUCCCCUCAGCCACUGCUUAAAGCAUCGCGCAGGUAAAACAAUGAACGUUGGGGUUCUCUGAAGAGAUUUUGGUGAACAGAGAGCUUCAAUUGAAAUAUCUGGAGGUGAGGAAAGCAUCUGAAAAACAGGGUCAGUAUGGGAACAUUCAGGGCAGGAUCAGGAGACAUUAAGCAAUAUUCAAAAGCUCUCCAGGGCAGGGACUGCCAUUGUUCUGCCUCUUGCGUAGGGCUGGACAAGCUGUCAGCACUCCCAUAUCUCUGAGCACUGCUCCUUUAUCCAGGAGGGCAGCACAGAACAAUUCUGUGUCUAGAAAAGAAGACAACAUGUUUCUGACUAGGAAGAGCCAGGAGCAAAGGCAGGAGGCAGAGCCCAGUGCAUGCCAGCUCAAGCCCAUACACGGCGCAGCCAACCAAGAAGACAAGGAGGAAAUGCUGGGAGUUUCCUUCUGCUAGAGUUGCCCACAGGAGUUUGUCCGCCUAUGAGUGGGAGGAGGAAUAGACUGGCUCAUCCAGUGGCCAUGAAGAAAGCCUUCUGAGGGAGUUUCCACAAAACAGGAGGAGGCAAGUCACAGUAUUCCCAGAGUGGGGAAAGCUGGGUUGGUAUGCCGUGUCCUCUGCAAUGAGGGAAAAUGUGGGAAGAUGGCUUGAGAGAGUACCUGGAGCAGUCCAGGAUAUCAAACACUACCCAUGCAGGAACAAGUGACGCUGGACAGCUCCAGCAUAUCUUCAGUUAGAAAAGGCAGUCAAAGCUUGGGACUGAGACUUGUCUUCUGUCCAGGAAAAAGCUGAAGGCCGAGCUUAGUGCCUACUCUAAAACAUAGAGUUCCUGCCAAGAAACAGACUUAAAGGAUGGAGCAGGAAGCGGCGAGGGAGGAGGAAGAGAGAAAAGAAGGCCUGAUCGAAUUCUAUGAUUCCUUCAAGGACAUGUUUGAGUUCUUCUGCAAGAACACCACAAUCCAUGGCACCAUUCGCCUUGUUUGCUCGGGCAGCAACAAGAUGAAGACAGCUUUUUGGACUCUGCUUUUACUCGCCAGCUUCAGCAUGCUGUACUGGCAAUUUGCACUUAUGUUUAGCCAGUACUGGGCCUACCCGGUCGUCUUGACCAUGUCCAUGCAUUCAGAGCCCAAGAUGUUUCCAGCAAUCACUAUCUGCAAUCUGGACCCAUACAGAUUUGAACUGGUUAGUGAACACUUGGUUCAGUUGGAUCGCAUGGCAGAGGAAUCUAUUGCUUUUCUAUACGGCGUCAACACAACAGCCAGCUUGUUCCACAUGAACGAGAAGAACAUCCACGUGAGAGACUUGUCAAGCACAGGCAACCUCAGCAGAUCCAGCUUCAAAUUGAGCCAAAACUUCUCACUACUGAGAACAUCUGAGUUCAACAAUAAGACAGGAAAGAGGCAGUCCCAUGUGGCCUUCAGACUGUGCAAUGCCACAGGUGGGAACUGCUUUUACAAGACCUACUCAUCUGGGAUGGAUGCAAUUCUUGAAUGGUACAGGUUUCACUACAUGAAUAUCAUGUCCCAACUGCCAGUUAUAAUCAAUAUCUCUGAUCAUGAGGAGCAAAUAGAAGAUAUGGUCUACUCCUGCCAGUAUGAUGGGGAGCCCUGCAGGCCCAGUGACUAUGUUCACUUUCACCACCCAGUCUUUGGAAGCUGCUAUACUUUUAACAGCAAGGGAACAGACUCCUUCUGGACAGCAACAAAACCAGGAAUUCCUUAUGGACUUUCCCUUAUCCUGAGAGCAGAGCAGAAGGAUCACAUCCCACUCCUGUCUACAGUAGCAGGUGUGAAAGUGAUGAUACACAACCACAAUCAGACACCAUUCCUUGAGCACGAAGGCUUUGACAUCAGACCAGGCAUUGCAACCACAAUAGGCAUUCAGCAGGAUAAGGUGAAUCGCCUGGGUGGCAAUUAUGGGAAAUGCACGACUGAUGGCAGUGAUGUGAAUGUUAAACUCCUGUACAACAACUCCUACACCCUGCAGGCUUGUCUGCAGUCCUGCUUUCAGCACAUAAUGGUUCGAAAAUGUGGCUGUGGCUAUUACUACUACCCACUGCCUCCCGGUGCUGAGUACUGUAACUACAACAAGCAACCUGCAUGGGGUCACUGCUUUUACCAGCUUUACAACAGACUCAGAAAUCAUCACCUGAAUUGUUUUGACCAGUGCCCCAAGCCUUGCCGGGAAUCACUGUUCAAGGUGUCUGCUGGGACAGCUAAAUGGCCAUCAGCAAAGUCUCAGGACUGGGUCCGCCAAGCUCUAAGGCAUGAGAAUGGAUAUAACUCUACUAGCAACAGGAAGGACAUUGCCAAGGUGACAAUCUUCUACAAGCAGCUCUACUACCAGUCUGUGAACGAGUCUCCUUUACUCUCAGAUAAUUUACUUCUGUCCAGCAUGGGAAGCCAGUGGAGUCUCUGGUUUGGAUCCUCAGUGUUGUCUGUAGUGGAAAUGUUUGAGCUGCUCAUAGAUACACUGGUCUUGUCUCUCCUCUUCUGCUAUCAGAGGGUCAGGUCAAGGAAGACAUUAGAAGUAGCUCAUACUCCAUCCAUCCCUAAUGUGAGCUUGACUCUAGAAAACUACCGUGUUGUGCAAGAAGAAGCUAGAAAGGGGGCUGAUCCUGCUCAUACUCACCCCUCUGGAGUGACUAUUGCCAUGGACAGCAACAGUGACCUGCAUCUUCACCCUCUCCAGUAAGGUGGAAAUGCCAGAGAGCCACCCAGAUGUGGUGCUUAAUGGAUUUAGAUGUAUGAAGGACAGCUCUUUGGAAACAGAGCUAAAUCACUAAGGCUUAUGUACCCAGAGGAGUGGGAGACGUGGAGCUCCCCUAACACUCAGGUGCCAUCAGAAAGGCUGCAAACAGAAAUGUUCUGGAUCCACCAUCUGUGAGCACCUGAACACCACACUGGGAGCUUAGGAAUCCUCCAGCUGCUAUGGGUUCAUUAUUAAACCAUCCCUGUGUCCUGCAUGCGGGCAUCAUGCAAUGUUCUUUUGUUCUUAACGAGUAUCUGGGGAGGGGAGAACUCUACUUCUCCUCUCCGUGCAGUCGUCCUGUCCUCAUAAAAGCCUAUUCAUAGCUUCUAACUUUUAAACCCUUAUGAGGAAAUCAGCCUGUGGCAUUAGACAGGCCCAUCUGCAUUUCACAAAUAUACUCCAGAGAAAAGUCAGCCAGCCUUCUAAUGGAGAGAUUUCCAGUGGAGGCUGAGGAGUGUGUGCUCCUAUCAGCCAGCAGUGCCUUGAGGAUGGCAGAGGAUGCAGUAACAAGCAUGCUCUGAUCACAGCUUUGCCUUCAAGACACCUCUGUCCUUGUCCUACUGCUGUUGCAUUUUGAGCACCAUGCGCAGAAUGCUUUUAGACUGAGCCCAGAUUAUUUCAAUUGAGACUCACUGUCUUAGAGGAGAGGAAUUAGAAGAAAUGGAGUCAAUGACUUUUUUCUGUCACAGAAGAAGCAUCUGAAUUGUUUAGAAGAUUAAAACAAUGCUGCAUUUUUACUGCAGCCAAUUUGUAAACAGAGCUGUUUUUAUGUUAAUAUUUGACAGUAACUUAUGUGUACAUAAAAUAACAUU